AGAUUCAUUCAAACGUUCUUCUGAGACGAUACAACAUUUGCUUAUCCAAUUCGGAAUCCCUCUUUCUAAAGAUUCAUCACUUUCAUCACUUGAAGUCAUGUCAAACAAAAUAUGGGAAUUAAAGUCGUAUUUGACUAAAUACGACAUAAAAAAUUUUGAUUAUUCACAAUUUCGCAAUUUCCAAAUUAUUGGGAGUGGAGCAUAUGCAACAGUUUACUCGGCUACUUUUAAAGAAGAAGAGUAUGCAUUAAAAAGCCUAAAAAAAAACUUGUCAUUAGAUGAAAAAGAACUCAAUCAAUUACAACGUGAACUUGUCACUGGUGGUAACCUACGGGAUCAUUUACAAACUAAGAAAGAAAAGAGAGUUUUGCUUUGGGAACUCUCAAAUGGUGUUCGUCCAUUUCAACAUUUUUCUGAUCCACAAAUAGUAAUAUUAAUUUCGCAAAAAAAAAGAGAAAAAACUAUUAACAAUACUCCUCCAAAUUACGCCACUCUCUACAAGAAAUGCUGGUCUACUGAUCCGGACAGACGCCCAACACUGAAUUAUAUAUUAAAGGAACUUGAGAAGUUAUUAGUUGAACCAUGCAUUGAAUCCAUCAUAAAUAACAUAAAUCAAAUAAUUACACAGCCUGAAUUAUAUCCUAACGAAGACGAUUUAAAUGAAUUUGAAUACGAUCGCUGCAUUGAAUGCGAAAAUAAAAUCGACAGUCUUAUUCUCAACAGUCUACCAUUAAAUGAACUUUCCUUUCGUAUUAAGUCUCAAAGUCAUGAUGGUUUCACAUCGAUUUCUACAGAACAGCAUAAGAUGAUAAAGCCUAUCGAAUUGAUAAAUGGAAAUUUGGAAGACGAAAUUCUACUAUCUAGCACUCUUCACGGAAUUAUAGAAAAUAUUGCUUACUUUUGCUCUCUAACAGAGUCCUCAACUUGG